AUGGCCACUGAGCAGAACCAUCGCUCCAUGAGGCCCUCCCAAAGGUGUGAGGGACUCCAGGGCACAGUGGGAGCCCCUGAAGUGAAGCCAGUCAGACAGGCCAAGAAGCCUAUGACUAUGUCUGAGGUGAUGGAGCCGAGCCUGCCCCGCAUCAUCCAGCAGCAUGGCAAGGCUGAGGAGAGGAGGCUGCCCCGGAUCACCCAGAGGCUGGGCAGCAGUUGGGAGCUGUGGAUGCUCCCAUUGCUCACCAAGAGGGGCGGCACCCAGGAGGGGAAGCUGCCCCCAGUUCCCCUCACGUGUGGCAGCAGCCAGGAGGGGAAGCUGCCCCUGCUCACCAGGAGGGGCAAUCCUGAAGAAAGAAAGCUGCCCCCAUGCACCCAGUUUCCAGCCUCCAGCGGUGCCUCCUGGCCAAAGGUGCAGCUCCCCGCAGCUGCCCUGGAGCAGAGCUGCUUUGAGCCUUGCCCAGCAGAGGUGGUCUUUAAGCACUACAUCCCUCACGAGGUCUACGAAAUGCCACUGACUGUGCGCAACAAGGGCAGGGUUCCUCAGCGGCUGAAGGUCACUCUGGAGAGUUCUCCUUACUUCAAGUUGGUUGGACCCAAGGAUGCGUGCCAGAAAGUAGUACCUGGCAUGGUUUCUUCUUACCGCAUCCUUUUCAGCCCUGAGGAGAACAAGGAUUACUACCACCAGCUGCGAUGUGUCACGGAGACGGCGGAGUUCAUUGUGCCCAUCCGAGGUGUAGGUGCCCAGGCUGUGCUGGACUUCCCCCAGCAGGUGGACUUCUCCAUCUGCCCGGUCAAGCACAGCAGCCAGAGGACUCUGCUGCUGCGCAACGUGGGUGAGCGGGAGGCACAGUACCGCAUCAGCACCCAGAGCCCCUUCUCUGCUGCCCCCUCCGCGGGAGCUCUUGGUGCUGGUGAGGUGACGCAGGUGACCGUGGGCUUCCUGCCGCUGCAGCGUGGGAACCACCGCGGCUCCCUCAGCCUGCGCUGGGACACAGGAGAAGCUAUUCACAGCAGGCUUCGUGGCACAGCUGUGGAUGUGGACAUCAGGCUGCAGAGGAGCUCCCUGACCAUGGAGCAGACCUACCUGUCCCUGUGCACCCGCAGGACUCUGCUCAUCCACAAUGGCAGUGAUGUGCUGGCUCACUUCCAGUGGAAGGCUUCUGCCCAUCAGGAGGAUGGGCAGCAGAAGCAGAGGUUGGUUGGAAAGCUGCAGGGGCAGGAGCAGCUCAAGCCACAUCCCCCCGAGGAGCAGAGGCCGCAGUCUGCGCUGCGAGGACGCAGCUCCUGGCUCUCCCGCAUCUUCCAGCAGCAGAAGGAGAAGGCACAAGAAGACUCCCUGCUGUGCCCUGAGGAGAUCUUCAGCGUCGAGCCGCUGGAGGGAGAUGUGUGGCCAAAGUCAUCAGCUGAAGUCCAGGUGAUCUUCAGCCCCCGGGCAGCCAGAACCUAUGAGGCCAGGCUCUACUGUGACAUCUCAGGCCGUGAGGCCAGGCUGCCUCUGCACGUCCGAGGGGAAGGCUUAGGGCCCCGUCUCUGCUUCAAGCUUGACCAGCUGGACAUUGGGCAGGUGUUUGCUGGAUCAACCAACCGCUAUAAGAUGGUCCUGCACAACAAAGGAGCCAUCGAUGCUUUCUUCAGCUUGGUCCCUCCAACUACAGCUGUGGGCUCCUGCUUCACCUUUUCCCCCUGUCAAGGCCUCGUCCAGCCAGAUAAGUUCCAGGUACUUGAGAUCUGCUUCUGUGCCACCACCCUGGGGCCCUUCACAGAAGAAUUCGUGUUCCGUGUGGAAGGAUGCCCUGAGCCUGUGACUUCAACUAUCAGGGGCUGUGUCACUGCACCCACUCUGCACUUCGAUGUCCCUUGCCUGCAGUUUGGGGACGUCUCCUUCGGCUUUCCUCAGAGCCUGUGCUGUCGCCUCACCAACGCCUCCUUGGUGCCCGUGGCCUUCACCCUGCGUGUGCCUGGGGAUGGCAGGGCAAAGCCCAGCGUGCCCAGCACUGUGCAGGCGCUGGACAACUCUCGCCCCUCCUGGAGGAAGAGAGUCAGGAGGCGCUUGGGGCCCCGCGAGUUCACCAUCAGCCCUUGCAGUGGCACCAUCCGCUCCCUGAGCUUUGUGGACAUCCAGGUCACUCUGUGCUCCAACAGUCUGGGCACCUACGAGCUGGCACUGGUGGUGGAUGUGGAUGGUGUGGGCCAGGAGCUGUUGUCACUGCCCCUCACAGCCAGGUGUGUGGUUCCUGCUCUGCAUGUGCCUAACCCGGUGGUGACAUUUGGACACUGCUACCUGCAGUUCCCUGCCCAACAGACGCUGACCCUGGUGAACGACAGCGACCUGCCAGGCUGCUACGGGCUGCUGCCUCAGAAGCAACGGAAGGCUGCUGCUGUUCUGUACUCCAGCCCCGUGCCCUGUGGCAUUAUUCAGCCUCACAGCUCCGUGGAGGUGCCACUGACACUGGAGGCGCUGGUGCCAGGGAGGCAGGAGACUCGUGCCCGUGUGGCUGUCUUUGGGCAUCCAAGGGACUGGCUGGAAGUGUGUUUGGUGAGCAUUGGAGAGGGCCCAGUGGUCUCCGUGCAGCCCAGCGAGGUGGAUUUUGGCAGCAUCCAGGUUCUGCAGGAUGCCUCCCGGACUCUGCGGCUCUGUAAUCAGAGCCCGAUCCCUGCAUCCUUCCAGGCGGAGGUGGCUGGCAAAGGCUCCUGCUGGAGGAUCGAGCCCAGGCAAGGAGUGAUCCCCCCCGAGGGUGAGGCGUCCGUGUGCGUCACAGUGAACCUGGAUGACACGCGGCAGUUCCAGGCAGAGGUGCAGCUGCAGGUGGAGCACAGCCGAGGCUACGUCAUCCCCGUGCGGGCCCUGGGCAUCGGCACCACCAUCGUCACUGACAGACCCUUGGCUCCGCAGCUCAGCCUGGGCACUCGCUUCAGCCUGGUUCCCUGCUGCUACAGCUUCAAGGUCAGCAACCAUGGGCGCCGCACACAGCGGCUCUACUGGAGCACGGCAGGGGGCUGCCAGCCUGGCCAGCGCCAGCACCUCCCUGCCCCCAGCAGCACCCGGGGCAAAGCUUGCCACCAGAGCCCCACAGCUGCCUGCCCUGUGUUUCGGCCUCGGCCCAUGAGGAUGGAGCUGACCCCGGGCCAGACAAUGGAGCUGACUCUGGAAGGCUUCUCCAGCACUCCCCAGGUGGUGAGGGAGCAGCUGCUAUGCCACUCUAUAGUGGGCAGUGAGGGCAGGAAGAACAAGAUCAUGCAAGUGGCCCUCAGCUGCCAGUUUGUUGCUCCUGCUCUGCAGAUGUCCUCCAGAGCCCUCACUUUCAGGGUGGAGAAGCAAGCAGGGGAUGUGCUGACUCCUCAGGAGCAGGCUCUUUCUCUGAAGAAUGUCUGCCCACUGCCCCUCAGCAUGGUGCUGUCCUUGGGGCAGCCCUUCUCCAUCUGCGACGUGGAGCGGCAGCCCCUUCCUGAUGAUGAGCAGCCCAUGAAGCUGGAGGCAGGGGAGGAGCUUCAGCUCUCCAUCAGCUUCAACCCUGCGUAUGAAGAAGGUUCGCGUGCCUGGCGGACGGAGCAGCCUCUGAGAAUCACGUUCCUUGAGCACCCUCAUGAGGAGCAGGUGCUGGUGCGGGUUGAAGUCCCCACCCUGCAGUUCCAGAGCAGGGCUGUGGACUUUGGCUGCAUCCUGAACCACACUGAAGCUGUGCACAGCCUGGAGAUGAGCAACUGCAGCCCUCUGCCUGCGUUCUACUGCUGGCUGCUGCUGCCAGCCAGCCAGGGCAGCCAGCUGAGUCCCGUGGGAGAUGCUGUGGAAGGUGCUGUGGCAGCUCCCAGCCACACUGGCAUCAGGGAGUUCGUGGGUCUGAAGGAGACAGAGCCCCAGCGGUUGAGAUUGGAGGAGGUGUUCGAUGUCUUGCCGCUGCACGGGGUCCUGCAGCCGGGCCAGAGCCAGCAGGUCACCUUCAGCUUCUUUGGCCACCCCAACAUCGUGGCCUCUGCCACGGCCCUCUGCAAGGUGCAGGGAGGCCCCAGCUAUGAGGUGAAGCUGAGUGGGGAGGCCUCACUCAUCAGCUACCUCCUAGAGAGCAGACAGCUGAAUGUGGGGAUGCAGCUAUGGGAGGCGGUCAUGGAGGCAGAGGUGAUGCUGCAGAACAGCGGGAAGCUGCCCUUCACCUUCAUGGUGCCGAGUCCCUGUACAGCCACUGCCCGCAGCCCCCUGCCCGGCCUGCCCCUGGUGGUGCCCAGCACGGGUUCUGUUGGAGCUGGCCAGCAGCAGGUGCUGAAAAUCUAUUACUUGCCAGAGGUGCCUGGGGUCUUCUGUAAGACUUUGCAGAUCCAAGUGGGCCUCCUGGAAACAGAAGAAAUCUCCCUGAGAGGAGAGGGGGGCUUUCCCAGGAUCUGCCUGGACCUGCCCAGGAACAUCUCAGGAAACAAGAAGUAUGAGAAGCUCCUCAGGGAUCUGAGGAGAAAGCUGGCAGAGGAGAUGGCAGAGGAGAGUGAGAGGGAUGGAGCUGCUGUCCUGGUGGAGGCAUCAGCCACAGCAACACCCCCAGACUUGGACACCACGCUGGACACUGGGCUGCAGAUGCAGCUGGAGGAUCUCCUGAUCAAGGAGCACAUCCUGGAGCAGCAGGAGGCUCUGGCCUGCAGUGCCCCAGAGGAAGCUGCCUCUGAGCAGCAGCGCUGUGCUCGCCGCAGGCUUCUCAAAGCUGAGCUGCCUGAGUACAUCCUGGACUUUGGCUGUGUUGUUCUUGCUGGCGUCCACAAGCGCACUGUGAAGAUCACCAACCCGGGGCAGUUACCUGUGUCCUUCAAAGUCCACAGGCAGGUCCUGCGUGGCACAGGCUUCAGCGUGGACCUGGAGUGCGUGAAGCAGCUGCGCUACUCUGAGAGCAGGACCCUCACUGUGUGCUUGGACCCACAAAGUGCCACUCUGCCACUGGGAGAGAAGGAAGUGCUGCUGCCCAUCAAGGUGGCAGGAGGCCCCACGUUCCGCGUCCUCCUCCGUGCCAAGGGGGUUGUGCCGUCCCUCUGCCUCUCCAGGGACAGGCUGGAGUUCUCCAGGGUGCAGUGUGGGCAGUGCCGGGAGGAGACCACCCGGCUCUACAAUCGCGUCCAAGUGCCCUGUCGGUGGUUUGUCAGCAGGGCUGGGGCUGCUCAGAAGGUGAACAAGCAUUUCCCAGCCAGCAGGUGUCAGAAGCUGCUGAAGGCCGAGGCCCCUGUCUUUGAGGUGCUUCCCUCAGCUGGAGUCCUGGCCCCCGGGCAGUGGUGCAACCUGCAAGUCAGGUUUGCCCCCGUGGAAGAGAAGCCCUACAGCAGCAAGCUGAAGAUCAGCGUUUGCCAGAGCAGCCAGCACCUGCAGCUGCUGCUCUCAGGAAGUGGGCUGGAGCCACGCUUGGAGUUCCAGCCUGAAGUGCUGGACCUGGGGCCAGUGCUGCCCUCUAGCCGUGGGACAGAGGGGACAGUGGUGGUGAGGAACCCCUGUGAGUUCCCCAUUGAAUUCUACUCGCUGGAGUUUGACCAGGAGUACCUUGCCGAGGAGCAGCUCCUGCGGGCACUGGAAGGCUAUGACUGCCGCAGGACCUUGCUGCUGCCUUCACGCACUCCAGGGGAGCAGCUGCCCCCAGAGCUGCUGGAGGUCUGGCAGGCCCAGGAGAGGCUGCAGGAGCAGCAGGCCGAGUCCAAGACAGAGGAGCCAACGGCCCAGGACGAGGCUGAAGCAGAGCGCCAGCAGAGCGCCAGCAGCAGCAAGGAGACUGCAGAAGAGCUGGAGGUCAGCCCAUUCCAUAGGGCACUCGCCCAUCACCUGGGCAUCGCCGUGCCUGGUGCAGGAGCUGCAGCCCCACAGUGCAAAGGGAUCGUGGUCAUCAUCCAUGGGGCACCCCUGACAGGCAAGACGUCGGCAGCGACUGCCGUGGCCCAGCACUAUGGUGCUGCCUGCCUGUCCCUGGAGGCCGUGGUGAGCGAGGCCGUGGUGGCCGGGAGCAGCCACGCAGGGCGUCGUGCCCAGGCGCUGUGUGCCAUGGCUGCCAGCCGGCAGCAGGCAAAGGAUGGACGUCUACGGGCAGCUGCUGCUCUCCGGUGGCGGCGCAGCGCCAAGGCCAUCCUCAGCUCCCCCCUGAGCCAGUCCAGCUCUGGGGACAAAGGCAGGCUGAGCCACGGCGGCAGCGUGGCAGCAGGGCUGGGCCUGGUGAGCUGCCUGCUGCCCGAGGAGCUGCUGGUGGCCAUCCUGACUGAAAGGCUGCAGCUGAGUGACUGUUCCCAGGGAGUGGUGUUUGAUGGCCUGCAGACCUCCUUUGCAGGCAGCACAGCCUCUGCUCUGCUCUGCUUGCUGCGAGCUGUGGGGAACCGACCCCACAUCUAUCUGGUGAACUUGCACCAGGACUUUGCCUCUUGGCAAGCCAGGCAGAGAGCUGCAGAGAAGCGGGCAGGCCGGGAGCAGGAAGAAGCGGCCAGGAGGGAGGUAGCCCAGCUCUGGGAGCUUGGUGAGGAUGAGUUCGAUGCUCUCCCGGAGGAGCAGAAAGCUCAGCUGGAGAGCAGGAUCCGACAGCUGCAGCGGGAGAGGAAGCAGAGGUCUGUAAGCCUGCUGUGGGCAGCUGCCCAGCACAGCAUCCCCAGAAGGUGUCCCUGUUCUGGGGACCUUGGUGGAGCUCAGGAGGGUUCCAGAGAUGAGGCCCAAAGUGUCCAUGUUGAGCGGGUGCUGGGGCAGCUGGCUGGAAAGCCUGGGGACACGCAGCAGCAGGGGCUGCAGCACUGGAAGGAGGCAGAUGUGAAGAAGCUGGACAAGAGAAAGCCUGGAAAAGACCAAGAAAAGAGAAGGCAGUCUCUGGUCGGGCAGGGCACAAACACAUCCAGCAGCAGCACCAAUGUCUCCAGCAGCAAGCAGAAGGCAGCCAAGAAGGGAACUGUCAAGGAGCACCCAAGCUCUGAUGCUUGCAAGGAAGAACAGAGGAAACAGAGCAAGGCUGCCCUACUAGAUAGCUGCUCAGGGCCAGAUGCCGAAGACCCAGGCCAGAGUGGCGGCCAGAAGGACUUGGCCUUGAGGUUUCAGGCCUACGAGGCAUCGCGGGCAGCUGUGGCUCAUGUUUUGUCCUGCUGGGACAGGGUGCGGGCAGAGCUGCAGCCAUCCUCCAAACAGAGGACGCCGAGAGCAAAGAAGAAGGAGCAUCAUGAGAGAGAGCUCCUGAGCAGAGAAAAUUCUGCUGAGUCCCCCGAGGUGUCGCAGCUGGCAGGGGCAGGGGCAGGCAGCGGCAGAGAAGUCGGGGUGCCCUGCUUGGACGUGGAGGUGCAGAGCUCUGCAGAGGUGGCGAGCGCCAUCCUGGGCAGCGGCAAGCUGCCAAGGGCAGAGCAGGUGCUGGAUGAGCUGGGCCUGGGUCCCUCAGGGCCUCCCAUUCCCCCCCCUGCUCUCUACUCUGUGGUUCGCUACCCAGCCAAGCGAGAGGUGGCUGCAGCAGGAGGCCUCCAGUGCUUUGUCCUGCUUGUGCCAGAGGAGGAGGCUCCUGACGGUGUCACGGAUGCCUCCGCAGCGAAGGUGCCAGGGCAGAGCUCUGGCCGCGGCAGGAGACGUCUCCAUAGGCCAGGCUCCAGGAGACCAUCCAGACGUUCCCCUGAGCGGGUGGGCACGGCGCCACCUCCAGAGAGGUCUGUCAGGAGGAGCCCCUACCGCUGGGUAGUGCCUGCUCAGGGCCAGGUGGAGCUGCAGAUCCACUUCAGCUCCAGUGUGCAGGGCCAGUUUGAGCAGAGGCUGCAUUUUGAGCUGCUGGGGACGCAGCGCUGCUACCAGCUGCACUGCAGGGGCACCUGCCUGUGCCCCAGCAUCAGCCAGGAGCCACGGGUGGUGUUUCCUCGCUGCAGGAAGAACAAGGCAGCUGAGGACAUCAUCUUCAAAGAGUAUGUCCUGAGCACGGGAGUGUUCCACUUCGGGCCGCUGCUCUGUGGCAAGGCAAGAGACUGGUCCAAGGCUCUGCUUCAGCCUGGCAACUGUGAGAAGAUCACCAUCUGCAAUGUCACCCCCUGGGAGGCAGAGGUGCACUUCUCCUUUGAGCAGGAUGGCUGUGGAAACACCUUUGUCUUGGAACCUGCCUGCAUGAAUCUGGGGCCUUAUGAGAAGCAGGAGCUGAGGAUCUGUGCAUACCCCACUGCAGUUGGCCUGGUGCAAGACAGUCUUAUCUGCUGCAUCAAGGACAAUCCAGAGCCAGUGGUCUUCCAGCUGUGCUGCCAGGGGGUGCAGCUGAAGCUGGGGGUCAGCUCCAAGCAGCUGAGUUUUGGCAGGGUGCUUCUGAAAAGGGAGCACAGCAGGAGCCUGGUGCUGCGCAACAGCUGCCCCCUGCCCGUGGCCUGGCGGCUCAGCGGCCUGGAGAGCCUGGGCGAGGGCUUCUCCAUGUGCCAGUGCCAGGGCACGGUCGGGCCCCACGCGGAGUUUGGUCUGCAGCUGUGCUUCAGGCCCACCAAGCCUCUCAGCGUUGAGAAGAUGAUCCGCCUAGAGGUUUCAGAUGCAGAAGAUGUCCAGGGCGUGGUGCAGAUUGAGAACAUUCAAGUCUCUGCUGAGGCUUAUGAAGUUGCUCUGGACAUCACCCUUCCUGGAGGUAGAGGUGGCUGCGUGGACUUUGGAGUCGUGAAGGUCCUGGGGAGAGCCAAGCAACUGCUGUCCCUGAAGAACCGAGGGCGGUACAAGAUUGCAUACAGGUUCAGGCUCCACCCUGCAGACCCCAGCACCCGCGACGUGGCCUCCCACUUCACUGUGCAGCCCCAGCGGGGGCUGCUGCCUGCCUCUCAGCAGGCUGUCAGCGUGCAGCUGCUCUUCUGGCCUCAGAGGGAGAUUACAAUUGAAGACAAACCCAUCCUGCUGUGCCAGGUGCUGGAGCCUGGCUCACGUGCGGGAGCUGAGCCUGUGGCCACCAUCCCAGUGAGGCUGUCAGCCAAGGCUGUGUUCAGCCAGUAUAGCAUCAGCCCUGCUGCGCUGCUCGACUGCGGGGCCAUGGUCAGCGGCACCAAGAGAUCCUGCAGCUUCCUGAUGGAGAACAGAGGCCUCCUGCCCUUUGAGUUCAUCAUCUGCAAAGCAGAGCAGGGUGCAGCUGAGGCGCCCAAGAAAAGGAGGCUCUCCCACAGGAAGCAGAGCUUCAACGGAAGGUCUGCUGUAGCCAAGCAGGACAGGCCAUUGGUGCCAGAGGAGACCAAGCCCUCCACCAAGGCUCGCCUCUCUGUGGACAUGUUCACGGUGUCCCCUGCCUUUGGCUGCAUCCUUCCUGGGCACCAGCAGGUGGUGACAGUGGAGUGCGCUGCGGGAGUGCCAGGGCCGUGCCAGGAGCAGCUGCUGAUCGACAUCAGCGACAGAGACCCCAGGGACAACCCUCUGGGCAUCCCCUACAGCCUGGUGGCCGAGUCCUGCCUGCCAGCCUUUGUGACCAAUGAUGUCGAGUCCAUCUUUGAGGAGUACCAGAUCUGCAGCAGCAGCAACCUCCACCAGGUGCUGCAGACAGUGGAGGCUGAGGGAGUGUUUGUCAGGGAUGACAACAAGUUCGUCUUCACCAACGUCCUGGUUGGGCACCAGGCCACGGCACGGUUCAAGAUCGCUAACAUGAACAAAGUGCCCUGCGAUGUACUCCUCUCCAUCAAACCCAUCACCAGGAAGCUGAAGAGCCGCUCUGGGCACAUCUUUGAGGUGGAUCCCGUCCAGAUGUCUGUGCCUAGCUGCUCCCAUGCCUUUGUCACUGUGACCUUCACUCCGCAGAGGGCACAGAGCUACUGCUGCACUUUUGAGGCCUCCCUUGAAAUGCACACAAGGCCUGCAGCAGUGGGAGCCGCCAGCCUGAGCUUUGGCAUCAGCGGCGAAGGGAAGCUGCCUGCGGUGCGGGUGCUGCGCCCGGCGCUGCGCGGCCCCGGAGGGAACCCCCUGCUGCUCUUCAGGAGGCUGCCGCUGGGCGCCCGCCAGGAGCUGCCGCUGGUCCUGCACAACUCUGGCACUGUCCCUGCCCAGGUGCUGAUGGACUUGACAGAUGAAGAGGGAGUUUUCUUUUUGAAAGCUGGUCCCACCACAAAAUGCCUCUACCAAGGUGUGGGCAUGAAGGACUCUGCUGGAGAAGAGAGGCAGCUCCACACCGCUCGCCUGCUUCUGCGUCGUGGGGAGGCAGCAGAGUUCCAGGUGGUUUUCCAGCCGCGUCUGGCCCAGCGCCUGGAGGGGAAGAUCUUCGUGUCGGUGGUGGACAACCCCCAUGAGGAGACCACCAUCAGGCUGGUGGGGGAAGGCCACGACGAGGACUUCACCCUGGACAACAUCCAGGGAUUGGUGGCAGAUGGGGAGGAGCACGACCUCCCUGAGAGCAGCCUGGAGGACAUCACUGAGAUUGCCCAGUGGGACCACAUCCAGUUUGGGGACUGUCUCCUUGGCACCCCAUACACCAUCACCUUCACUAUCACCAACCGCAGCAAGACGCAGGCUCUGCGCUUCCAGUGGCUGUCUGAGGCCCCCUUUCACUUCUCCCCCCAGGUUGGACACCUCCAUGCCGGCUGUGCCAAGGACAUCGGGGUGACCUUGCAGUCAGAAGUCGAGGUCACCUUCAGAAGACACCCCGUGAAGUGCCUGGUGUCUAGGAUCUCCUUCCAGCUGCCCCCAGAGGAGAUCCUUGACUGGGAUGACUGCCUUGGCAGAGUGAAGUGGGUGGACAGCACCAAGGCCCCAGGUGCCAGAUGGCCUGUCAAGAAGCAGGUGCUGGAGCCAGAGGCAGAGCCUGCACACAGCGUCCUGGAGGGUAGCAGCCGCGAGGUGCAGCUUCUGCUCAGCGCUGCUGUCCGCUGCCCUGAGCUCCAGCUGGCCACAGAGGGACCUGAGAACUCUUCCUCCCAAGAGGUCUCUUCGGGGCAAGCUCAAGGCAGUGCCCGCUUGGUGGCAGGGAGUGCACAGCUGGGCCAGGUUCCAGGCUGCAGCCUUCCUCCUGGCCAGCUCUCUUCUCAGGGCCGAGGCACAGGGACUGCAUCUGGUAGCUCAGUGCCGCCUGCUCAGCCUGGACAGACAUCCUACUCAAAUGCCAGGGGUGGCUCCGCUGAGGGCAACACUUCCUCUAAGCAGGCCUCAGUGUCUGUUUCCCUGUCUGCUGCUGUCCUCCUUGUUACUUCACGCAACGCUGGAGCUGAUGUGUCCCAGGUGCCAGGCUCUAGCUCAUCCUCUAUAGCUCUGCCACAGGUAGCAGGCAGCCAGCAAGCAGCUGCACAGUGACCAGAGCCUGCACCCCCUCGGCAGCAGCAGCAGAGCUACACACAAAUCUUCUGCCAUAGGAGCCAGGACUGCCUCUUCUUUGUCUUUUAUUAAAAGCAACUGGCUGAAUUUCUUCCUUUAAGCCCUUCUACUUUCUUUUCCUCAGCUUACUAAGAAUCCAUCCUGGUGACCAAGUUCAAUUUGCACUGACUUUUUAGGGGGCUGGUUGGUUUGGUUUUCGAUGUUGCAGAGCCAGAGAUCUCUUUGGGACAUUUGAUCCCUUUGCCAAUGCCUAACCAUUGGCAGAAGAUGAUUUCUGUCUGCUAAAAUUGGCUGUUCUAUGAGAACAACCUGUUGUGGCAUUUGUGUUCUGCCCACAGGGCAUGG